AUGGUUAAUGCAAAGGAAGCACCACGAGCAUUACAGUGGGGUUUUCUACUUUUCCUAUGUACCGCCACCCUAAUUGCUGCACAAAGAGGAGGCGCUAAAAGUAUUAAGAGUCCAGCAUUGUAUUCACGUGACUUAGAGGCAGCCCUAAGGGAACUACUGUUUACAAACUACUCAAGACUCCAGCGGCCAACAGAGAAAGUCGAUGUUACACUGUGGUUAACUCUUCUCACAGUCAACGAUAUGAUUUGGAGGGACGACCGUCUUGACUGGUCCAGCAUGACCGACUUCACAAACGUCCGAAACCUGUUUGCCACACAACAAGAACUCUGGCGGCCGACACUGGUUGUCGAUAACUCAAUAACCGACCUUUCGGUAAUCAGCAACAACGAUAUACCAAUGCGGAUUCUAAAGAGAGGACUCGUUUACUGGAGACCGGCUGAUGUAUACGUUGUUGCCUGUGAGUCCGACAUCACGUACUAUCCGAUGGACAUGCAGUCGUGUGUUAUCUCACUUUCAUCGUGGGCAUACACUAAUUACGAGGUUUCACUACGGAUGUCCCCUAGAGAGGUGGUCACAGAUUUCUAUACGAAGAAUGGGGAAUGGGAGAUGAUAAGCUGUUCGGGUGACAAGACGGAAGCGCUUAAGUCUAGAGGUGGAACAACUUACUCAAAUCUGAAAUUCACCAUCAAUCUCAGACGGCGACCAUUGUUCCACAUUCUCAACACGUUAUUUCCGGUAGUGCUAAUGGCGUUCCUGAGUGCAAUGGUAUUUAAACUUCCAGCAGACUCCGGCGAGAAGAUUGGAUUUUCGUUGACCGUUCUCCUGGCAUAUACCGUGUACCUGACCCUGAUAUCCGAAAACAUUCCAAGCACUUCAGUCACCGUCUCAUACCUCUCAAUCUACCUGUCUAUAACAAUGAGUCUUGGGACACUGGCAGUGCUUUGUACGAUCCUUGUGUUAAAUAUGCAUUACCGAGAGGCAGAGGGACAACCAAUUCCAGCUUUUGCCCGCUCCUUCACCAUAUGUCUUAUGAGGCUCACGUGUUCGGGCGGAUGUUGUAGGUUUCUAUGCAACUGUAAAAAGAACAGGCGCGUGUCCCCGGAGAAAAACCUCAUUAUCAACGUAGUUGGACUAGAACAUCUGACAAAGAGGAUAUCAGAAAAGAAAACGGUUGAGGAGAAUGAAGGAUGCGUGUGUGAACAUGACAAAGAAGUACUCACAUGGAUACAUCUAGCGAAGGUCUUGGACAGCUUUUUCUUUAUCGUUUUCAUUGGUGUGAUCCUGGUCAUUUCCACUGCAUUCUUCAGUGUAAUGGUCGCAGAGUAUAUGAAAAUCAAAGCGGAGGGAAGUGCCUCUGUUUGA